CUUGGCAGACCGAACGCAGCAAAAGAAAACAAGAAGGCAUUUGACAUUGACAUUAUUUUGACAAACAAAUUGACAUUUGACAUUCAUGAUGACUCUGCAGGUAAAUAAUUUAGUAAAUAAAAGUGUAUUUUUUCUGUAAAAAUGAACUUAAAACAGUAAGCAAAAGGAUUGAGGCUAUAUCCAGAUUUGAGGUAAUUUGGAAAUGAUAACAGAUGGCUAUGUCAAAUUUAUAUUCUAAAAUUGGACCUAAACCAGGCAAACGUAUACAGGAAAAUAUCAAUUUAUCACAAACUUGGAUGAAUGCUGAAGUUCUGAAUAAUGGACCACUCAACUUAUCACCACCACACACCGUAUGUCAAAAAGAGACUUUGCCAGUAUUACAACCAAUUAGUGCACCUGAGUCACCUUCUUCUAGUUCAUGCAGUUCUCCUACAGUUUCGUCAUCUAUUUUGGAUUCGAACUGGCAGGCUUGCAAACAUAGUGUUAGAGAAAGAAAUGCUGCCAUGUUCAAUAAUGAUUUGAUGUCUGACAUAAAAUUUAUAGUUGGUCCACCUGGAUCAACGCACGUCAUUCCUGCUCACAAGUUUGUUCUUUCAACUGGUAGCUCUGUUUUCUAUGCAAUGUUUUACGGGGGCCUUGCUGAAGUUAAGGAAGAAAUAGAAGUGCCUGAUGUGGAACCCUCUGCAUUCCUCACUUUAUUGAAGUACCUAUAUUGUGAUGAAAUCCAGCUUGAAGCCGAUACAGUCCUAGCGACCCUCUAUGUAGCUAAAAAGUACAUUGUGCCACAUCUAGCUCGUGCAUGUGUCAAUUACUUGGAAACUAGUCUUACAGCGAAAAACGCCUGUCUCUUGUUGAGCCAGUCAAGGUUGUUUGAGGAGUCUGAGUUGAUGCAACGUUGCUGGGAAGUAAUCGACGCACAGGCAGAAAUGGCUGUAAAAUCCGACGGUUUUACAGACAUCGACAUGGCCACGUUGGAAUCGGUUCUAGCUAGAGAAACGCUCAACUGCAAGGAAAUGAAGCUCUUGGAAGCGGCUCUCAAUUGGGCCGCCGCCGAAUGCGUCCGCAGAGAACUGGACGUUACGCCGCAGAAUAAACGUGAAAUUCUAGGGAACGCCCUUUACUUGAUCAGGAUACCGACAAUGUCUUUGGAAGAAUUUGCAAACGGUGCUGCGCAAAUCGGAAUUUUAACCCAGCAAGAGAUCAUAGAUAUUUUUUUUCAUUUCACUGCUACUAACAAACCUUGUCUACAGUAUCCAGUCAAACCCAGAUCUGGGUUAAAAUCUCAGGUUUGCCAUCGGUUUCAAUCGUGCGCUUACAGAUCUAACCAGUGGAGAUACAGAGGACGAUGUGACAGUAUACAAUUUUCCGUAGACCGUAGAAUAUUCGUUGUUGGCUUUGGUUUAUACGGAUCUUCUAAUGGAGCUGCCGAUUAUGCCGUUAAAAUCGAAUUGAAACGAUUGGGAAGAGUUCUGGCUGAGAAUAAUACAAAGUUUUUCUCGGACGGUUCUAGUAACACAUUUCAUGUCUACUUUGAUAAUCCUAUACAGAUAGAACCGGAAUUGUUUUAUACAGCUUCUGUUAUUCUUGACGGUGCAGAACUAAGUUACUUCGGCCAAGAAGGACUGAGCGAAACUACAAUUGGCCAAGUAACUUUUCAAUUCCAAUGCAGCUCAGAAAGUACAAAUGGCACGGGAGUACAAGGAGGACAAAUACCGGAACUCAUUUUUUAUGGGCCUUCUGUGAAUCUCUAGAAUCUAUUGUAUUACGAAUAGAGUAGGUCAUGUGUAUUGAAUCCAAAUCUGCAUUUUAUAAAUUAUAUAAUACAGUUAUUAUUAAGUUCUACAAAAAAAAUAUAGUUAAUUCAAUUUGUGAAUAAUGGACACAAAAAAAUAAAGUUUAACUUACCUAUCUG